UGCAAAAGCCACUGUAGAUUAAUAGUGAAGAAGUACUCCAUGACCUAAUGGACAUACUCAUAAUUGUCUUCAUGAUUUCAUUACAGAUUUGUUCUCCUGAGUUCUCAUCUCUGAAACAGGUCUUGUAGAAGAGUAAAUGGGACACAGUAACAAUGUAACAGAAUUUGUCCUCCUGGGACUCACUCAGGAUCCUGAGGGCCAAAAAGUGUUAUUUAUCAUGUUUUUGCUCAUCUACAUUGUGACGAUGGUGGGCAACCUACUUAUUGUCAUGACUGUUAUUGUCAGCCCAUCCCUUGGCUCUCCCAUGUACUUCUUCCUUGCCUAUCUGGCAUUCAUGGAUGCUGUUUAUUCCACUACUAUUUCCCCCAAAAUGAUUGGAGACUUACUCUGUGAUAAAAAGACUAUUUCCUUUGUAGCUUGCAUGGGCCGACUCUUUAUACAACACUUAUUUGGCGGUGCUGAGGUCUUUCUUCUGGUGGCAAUGGCCUCUGACCGCUAUGUGGCCAUCUGUAAGCCACUGCAUUACUUGACCAUCAUGAAUCGACAGGUUUGCAUUCUGUUGCUAGUGGUGGCCUGGGUUGGAGGUUUUUUGCACUCUUUGGUUCAACUUCUCUUUGUGUACAGCCUCCCCUUCUGUGGUCCCAACGUUAUUGACCACUUCAUCUGCGACAUGUACCCAUUAUUGGAACUUGCUUGCUCUGACACCUAUUUUAUAGGCCUCACUGUUGUUGCCAAUGGAGGAGCUAACUGUAUGGCAAUUUUUAUCCUUCUACUAAUCUCGUAUGGAGUCAUCUUACGCUCUCUGAAGACUCACAGUCAGGAAGGGAGGCUCAAAGCCCUGUCUACCUGCAGCUCCCACAUCACAGUGGUUGUCCUCUUCUUUGUUCCCUGUAUUUUCAUGUAUGUUAGACCUGUUUCCAACUUUCCCAUUGACAAAUCUAUAACUGUGGUUUAUACAGUUAUCACUCCCAUGUUGAAUCCUCUGAUAUACACCCUGAGAAAUUCUGAGAUGAAAAAUGCUAUGGAAAAAAUCUGGAGUAGAAAGUUAACCACAUGUAGAAUAAGAAUUUGCAUCCACACUGAAAAUAUCAUUGCUAAUUCUAAAGCAAGAAAUAGACAAAAAUUAUCACAAUGAACGAUUAAGUCAAUUCAAUGGAUUCUCUACGAAUACUUCUCUUUACUGAUACAAAGGCAUCUAAAAUGCAGAGUAAAUUAUUUUUUGACAUUACAGUUAAACUAAUAGAGGCAUUCUAGAGGCUGGAUACAUGGCAUAAGUAUUUUUCCUGUUAUAAAUAAAAAUAAAACUAAGCUCACAUUAUAAUUUUAUUUUUCUCAGUAUAUACUGAAGCAGAACUUAGAAAAAAAUUUUUUUCUUUUAAAAAGACA